AGCGAGAGGGGCUUUGAGGGGGAGAGAAAGAUUUGAAGGCAAGAGAAGUAAAUAUCGAAAGAACUAGUGAAUUCAUCAAGGGAGUGUUUUGUUUGAUAUCAACAGUAAUUCUACAGAAAGACUAGCGUAGGAAAUAGUUCAGAGAGAAAGUUAAACUUAGCCACUGACAUGGAGUUUACCAGACGUUACCUGCCACUGGAAUGGGAAGAGCGAUGGAGAAGAGAGAAGGAGAGGCGGAAAAGGGAGAUUGAAGAAGGUGGAGAAGAAGGAAUAGAACAGGACAACCGUGAACUGAGGAGGAUCGUGGCUUACAAUGACUCCAGGAUGGGCCUGAUGAGUGGGAGGGGUAAGAAAGAGGAGUCAGGGGUCAGUAUGAGUGGUACUAAGCAGGAGGAAACUGAGGAGCAUAUGUGCAAGGAGGCAUUUGGUGACGAAGAACUUGUCCACACAUACUGCAAUGAAACCUAUCCUAAAGAAGUAUUGGGGACCCUGAAGGAAUUCUGUGAUUCAUCUAUUCUCACAGACCUGACUUUGACCACUGAUAAUAAGGAAAGCUUUCACGUACACUCCCCUAUCCUGGCUGCUGUCAGCUCCAUCAUCUAUGAGAGACUGAGGGAUGAAAGUGGAGAACAAUCAGAUAAUGAUAAGGAUGUAGAAGUCCAAAGGAGGUCAGUGUCUCUCGGAUUUAAGGUUGAUAAUGUUGGAUUAGAGGCAGUUGUGGAGUUUGCCUACACUGGCGCUGUAUUAUCUUUUACCAAAGACAACGUGGCCCUGAUUAGGGCUGCAGCUCAAGCACUGGGGGUCCCUAGAAUACUGGAUCUCUGCAACAAAGAGGAGAGGAUAAAUAAUGUUGGAAGUCCUAAGAAGGAAGAGCAAAAUAACGCUUCUCUAGAACAGAUGAAGAUUAAUCUUCAGGCAAUUAAAGAUCUGUGGACAGAAAGAGUGGGGUGUGAUGUGAUUUUGGAUGUGGAUGGGGCUUCAUUCCAUGUCCACAGAGUUAUCCUGGCGGCAAGCAGUGACUACUUCCGUGGCAUGUUUACCUGUGGGAUGAGGGAAUCCCAUCAGACCUGUGUUGCCCUUCCCUUCCUGUCAGCUUCUGAGCUAGAGACUCUGAUUAGCUGCUCCUACAGUGGGAUCCUUCCACUUAACUGGGACUGUGUCUUUGAAAUCACCUGCACGGCCCUCCAGCUUCAGUUCCAGCCCGCCCUUUCGCUUUGCCUCAACUUCAUGAGACAGGAAAUGGAACCAAGCUCCUGCCUGGAUGUGGCAUCUUUUGCUGAAGCCUACGAGAUGUCAGAGCUCCUUGAGGAAGCUAAUGACUUUGUGCUGAGGAACUUCUGGGAGGUGUCAGCCACAGAAAAGUUUAAGGACCUACCAGCAGAGAAGUUUCUAGAUAUCCUCCGCUGUGAUGGUUUGUGUGUGCCCUCAGAACUCGCUGUAUUUCGAGCUGUAUCCUCCUGGGUUGAAGCUGAUCCUGAGGAGAGAUUGGGCCAGGCUGGUAUAUUGAUGACCGGAGUGCGGUUCCCCCUCAUGACCUUUCGAGAAUUCAGGGAGGUCAGGGCCAUUAACUUACGCAUGGAGUGCCUCGGAAACAAGGAGGUGGAACUCUAUGGCUCAGCACUCAAGGAAUUUGCUUUCAGCCUUCCAAAGACUCAGGAUCAGUGCCGUGUCCGGCAUCCCAGAGAUGCUCUGGUUCUGGUAGGGGGAGACAUGCUGAACCCAGAUACAGGUCAACGCAUAGCAAGUAGGGAACUGUGGUUUGCAAACUCCCUACGUAGUGGUAUGGGAUUGGUAAAGGAGAUAGAGUGGAGGAGGCUGGGUGAGAUGCCAGACAAGCCAAAGUUCAGGCAUGGAGUGGCAGCAAUGGCGGGAAGGUUGUAUGUGAUUGGAGGAUGUUACUUCUACACCAAGGAUGACAUAAUGAAAUCUGCAUACAGUUAUGACCCUGUGAAGAACAGUUGGAAGAGGCUUGCUGACAUGCAGGAGUUUAGAAGUAACUUCCCAGUGGUGGUACACGAAGAGCGUCUUUAUGCCAUUGGUGGAGAUAAGGAGAUUAACCUCAAUGUAGACAGCGUCGAGAUGUACAACCCAGACACUGACUCCUGGAGCUUCGUCCAGCCCCUGGACCAGGCUCUGAGCGGCCAUGCUGUUACAGUCAUAGAUGGAGGAAUCUUCAUCUCUGGUGGUUUCAACUCUAAGUAUGUAUGUCUGGUUACCAUGUUCAUGUACCACCCAGAGAGGGGAACCACCUACCUGGCAGACAUGACCCAUGACAGAGCCCAGCAUUGUAUGGAGCCCCUGCAAGGCCAUCUUUACGUCGCUGGUGGUGUGUGUAACCUGAGGAAGUUCUACACUGACCAACAAGCCUGCGAGGUGUAUAACCCUGGGGCCGAUUCCUGGACUGCUUUUGCAUCACUGUCUGUGCCUCAUGUGGGUGCAGCAUCAGCCGUACUGGAGGGGAAGAUCUAUGUACUGGGAGGAUACUGCCAGGAUGAUUACAGUGAGUCUGGACUGGUCCAUCGGUUUGAUCCCAGCACACAGCGAUGGCAGAACAUGGGCAAACUGCCUGGGGCUGUUACUGACAUACGAGCCUGUCUGCUCCGAUUGCCCCAACACUUUAGACUUUAAUAACUAGCUGGUCAAGAUGAUCAAUUUUAGAAACUUUAGAGACAUUUUUGGUUGCCAAAAUUUUAUUUAUAAGCAAAUGAGGUUCAGCUAAAAGUAUUUUUCUUAGUAGUCUUACUUAUUGAAAAAAUACAACAUUACAAAUGAAUUGUCGUCAAUGUUUAUAUUUGAAGAAAUAUACACUAUGAAUCAA